CCAUUCUAUUAAUUUUAGAUGUUGCUUUAGAAGGUCCUCUGUUCUAUUUCCUCUAAGACGCCAUAUUCUUCCUUUGAAUGUUAACCAAGCUCGUUCCAGAUUCUGUGUAUGGCUGCCUGUUCUUGGAUCUACAAAACACUCCUUAUGUUUCACUGGAAAGUGGUUAUACCCAAGAGUGGUUAGUACAACUCUGUAAGCACGCCAUUCAUCACUAAGUAUUGCACUUCCUGGAUAGACAUGUCGUACAAUAAGAGGAAUGAGGUGAUUUUUGGACCUUCGACGAACAAGUUUCAACAUGGGCUUUCUACUCCUUUGUCCAACCCCCAGCAUCCCAAAGACCCACUUUCUUCUACGCCAAGUCUUUGCGAACCUCCCACGUCCAUACUGGAAAACAAUUAAGCAAUUGAUUACAAAUAAUUUCUAUGAAUUUCUAGUGUUAGGUAGGUGAUAUCUGAAAUGCAUCUCAUACUGGAUAUAAAUUACAGGGCUGAAUUAAGUAAUAAGGUGUCACGACUUUCGUGGUGGAAGAACCCAAAUGCAGGCAACGGCAGUGAAGGGGUUAACAAAUGACUUUAUUUAAUAGAAACAGAAACCAAACACCCUCAAUGGGGAAAACGGAACUCAGAAAUAUAUAUAUAAAACAAAAGACUUCCCAUGAGGGGGCAAAAUGAAAACAAGACAAAUAACUAAACUCAAGGAACUCGACACAACGUCUUAAACUAAAACAAGGCAGGAUAAAACUAAAGCAAAAACACAAGACUCACAGUUCUCACACGACACAGGAACACGGGCGACGGCAUGAACACAUACACAGAACACAGUACAAUCCACGAGCCCAAGACAAAGAAACAAGAGGGUAUUUAAAGGGAAGACAAACAAGGGAUAACGACACGGGGCAGGUGUGGGUAAUCAAACACUUAGGGAAGGAUAACGAGGAAACGAGAUGGCCGGAACAGAGACGAGACACUGGAAAAACACAUGAGAGGUAAAAACAUAAACAUCUCAUGGCCUUCCCACAUAAAACCCAAGGACUCUGCCCCGAUCCCACCACACGACUAGAAUUUCAUAAACAAGACGGUGGGACCGUGACAAUAAGGUAUGAAAGGCUGUGCUGUGUGAAUAUAGUAACGGCUAAAGGGCAUUGUCCAGAACAACAUCAAUUGGUGUAUGAGGGACCCCUUCUGAUGUUACUUUAUUUACACUUUACCAUUGCGUCUCAUACAUUAUUGUUGUAAUAUAAUGGUAAUAUGGGAAUUUUUUUAUUACCUUUCGUUUGUGACGAAAGUUGCUUUCAUCAAUCAUCACAAACUGCUUAGGUUGCCCAAUCAUUUGGCCUUUCCUUCUGGCAUACAAUUUCAUAGAGCUUUCACAAACACUUCUGACUUUCUUGGCCAUUCUGCUAAGUGUGCGUGAGCUUCUAGCAAUGCCAUCUUCAAUCAUGUCAAUUUGUCUCAGCUGAAGACCUUGAGCAAAACUUUUUUUAUAAAAUAAAAUAAAAAAAAGUUGUUAUUAAAAUAUUGUUACAGAACUGUUUUCUACGGUAAACUUUUAUUCUACAUACCGAUAUAGAAACUUCAUCCAGGAGAAUAAACUGCACUUUGACCUUGCAAAAAGUGAGCCAGAUCUCACCGAUUUCAAUCUUAAUCUCCCUUUAUGCCUCUUCUGUUUACAACACCUAGGGGAAUUUAAUUAUCACAUCAUUACACUAGACAUAUAUGUGCCAUAUUUGUAUGAUUUACAUACAUAUACAGUAUAUACCUACCAAACAUACUGGUCUGUUUUUUUAAACCAAGGAAUCAACUUCAUUCUGUGCUGGCACAAACUACAUCUUAUUUUUGCUUUGAGCAGUUUUUUUCUCUGAAGCCAUUUUAUUAACUUCAACUUCUUCCGGUUUGUUUGACGUCCUUCGAUCAAUGAUAGCAAUUUUUGUCUUAAAGACUGAGCCAUAACCACCUAACAAUUACAUGGUAUAAAUUUAGAUUAACAUUUGUUAACAUGAUCUAACAAUGAACAAUACUUCUGAAGCAUUUAUUAACCUAAAGUUGUAUGUGUUAGUAUUAGUAAAUGCAUUAUUGACUAACAAAACAAUAUGCAUUAUGAAUUAACAUGAACAAUAAAGAUGAAUAAACACAUAAAUACAUUAAUCACGUUUGCUAACAUAUUACCUGUGUUAACAAAUGUAAUAAAAUUCCAACAAAAUCAUCAGUUUACAGCAAGCGAUUGAUUUUGAAGAAAUUAAAUGACCCAGAAUUGAAUUUUUACAUUAUAAUUGAAUUAUUAGUUUUAAAAGUCUUAAAGCAUCUUUUGCAACACAUAGCAUUAAAAUUAACCAGGCAAAUAUAUGUUGUUUGUAUAUAACAGUAAUAUAAAUGAUAUUUCACACUACAUUAAUAUGUUAUUAAAGAAAGAAUCGAGAUGUAAUACUUUUUUAAAUAAUUAAAAAUCUUACAUGAUGGGUAGCCGGACAGUGUCAACAAAAAACUUCCUUUCGCGGGUUUUUCAUCUCUGUUCACCCAGAGAUACUGGCAUCUGUGCGCUUUCUCAGUUCACCUGAAGUAAAAUAAAUCCCAUCCAUUUUCGUUAUAAAUAGUUUAAUAAUAUAUCACUUUUAAAAACAAACCUAUAACAAACUCUGACGAUAUUAAAUGAUUUAAUUGUAUAUGAAACACAAUAAUGUUAAGAAAUCUAAAUAAAACGUUUAUUUAUAACUUGCCUAACACAUGGACUACAUUACCCACAAUCCUCUAAAAAAGUUAGCGGCCAGUAACUGUACUAGCGGCUAGACAGAGAUAUAAGGUAGCAAAGGUGUUCAGUAAAAACUGGAAAAGUUUGCAUAAUGGAGAGUGAACAAAAAGACGUUUCAAACAUUCAGACCAGAGGGAGACCAAAGAAAAAACAAGGAUCUAGGGGUCUGUCUCCUAAAAACGCAGGUAAGUUUUUUAGUUGCUUAAUAAAUACACGUACCUCCGUCGACUGAUAAAUUGAAUAAAAACAGUGGAUUUGACGUUACUAGAUAGUUAUUUGACAUUUUUUGAGUUUAUGUCAAUAAUAUUAAUACUGUGCUCACAUUUAUUAUUUUAAAGAUUAAGCCUCGGCAGCAGCGCCCACCUUUUCAAUUGCUUUGGCUAAAAUCAAGGCAGAGAUUGAGACUUGGAAGGUAAAAUAUCAGCACCUCGAGGACAAAAUCCACGAUUUAACAAAAGAACGGGAUUACCUGAGAGAGCAGCUGUCUGAUGCAAUCAAAAUGGACAGCCUUGCUGACAAGAGUAAACAGAAGGCUCCAGACAUUCUCAAGAGAAAGAACAUUUCUGAAGAGCCCUCGGAAAGUGGAUCCUCUGACUCCUCUGAGUCUUCAGACUCCGACUCAUCUAGCUCAGAUUCUUCAAGGGAGAGGAAGAAAAGAAAGAAGGGGAAGGCAAGGAAAAUGAAGAAAAAAGGGAAAAAACAUAAAAAAUCCAAGCAAAGGACUCAAUUCUGGCAAAGAGUUGCUGAGCCAUGGCAGGUGGUAAAGAGAUACAAAUCAGUCUUGGAAAUUUUCAAGAGAGGAAACAGCAUGGCGGAUUCAUUCCUAAAGUAUGGCGUGGACCGAAACACAAUCGUUCAGAGUGCAGCUAUUGCUGAGCUGGCAAUUGCAGCACCAGAUAAAUAUUCAGAAAUCGUUGAUAUGCUUGGAAAGCGAGAGAAAUUAUCCAGCAUUACCCUAAAAUGCCAAGAGGUCAUCAUGUUAGAUGAGAACAUUGCCCACAAAAUACACACUAUGAAAAAUGAUGGGAUGCUUCUUCCCAUUAAAAAAGAUUAAGCACAAGAGAGUCUUGUUCUAUCUUGUUCCUCAAUCGUUUGCUGAUGUUUGGCACGUUGUUUAUUUGUAUGAAAAGAGGUUUAAAUUGUUACAGUACAUUUUAGCAUUUUUUUUUUUCUAAUGUUGAUUGUUCUUUAAUGUAAUAAAGGUGCUGCAAGUGUUAA